AUGGAUGCAAUGGAGAUCGACGAACAGAUCCUUCCAAGGUUCUCAACGAAUGUUCUGCAGCUGAUGAAGUCUUCUCAGGCGCAACAUGGUCUGCGUCAUGGUGACUAUGCUCGCUAUCGGAGGUACUGCUCAGCACGGUUGAGGAGGCUAUACAAGUCCUUGAAAUUUACUCAUGGCCGUGGUAAAUACACUCGACGAGCCAUAGUUGAAUCAACUGUCACUGAUGUCAGGUUUCUUCAUGUGGUUUUCUACAUGGCGGAAAGAGCAUGGAGCCAUGCAAUGGAAAAAAGACAGCUACCAGAUGGGCCUAAUGCACGGCAGCGGAUAUAUCUAAUUGGUAGGCUGAGGAAGGCAGUUAAAUGGGCUUCGCUUUUCUCAAGUUUGUGCUCUAAUAAGACUGAUUCCAGGACGUCUCUGGAAGCUGAGGCAUAUGCAUCCUAUAUGAAAGGCACUCUGUUGUUUGAGCAAGAUCAAAAUUGGGAAACUGCGUUGGCAUGUUUCAAAAACGCCAGAGCUGUUUAUGAGGAACUCGGGAAAUAUGGUGAUCUAGAGAACCAAGUUCUUUGCCGGGAACGGGUUGAGGAGCUUGAGCCCAGUAUUCGAUACUGCCUACACAAAAUUGGCAAAUCAAACUUGCAGACAUCUGAACUCCUUCAGAUUAAUGAGAUGGAAGGCCCUGCAUUGGAUCUUUUCAGAGCAAAGAUAGAGGAACUUACAGUCUCGAUAUUGAUCUGUGUGGCCAACAUACAUGAGUACCAGAUAACAUGUAUACGAUUGUGGGCUGCUAUGGAAGAGGCCAGAGCUCAACAAGCUGCAUCUCUUACAGAGUUUAAUUGGCUUGGCUACAGAUUUCCAGUUUCCAACCCAAAAUCUCGGGUUUCGAUUUUAAAAGCCCAAGAACAUGAGAAGGAGCUACAGGGUCCAACAGCAGAAUCUCUCUCUGCAGAGAAAAAGCUAGCCAUAUUUGAUAAACUAUUCACUGCAUACCAUGAUGCCAGGAACACCAUCCGCAGUGACUUGGUAAGUGCAGGAAAUGCUGAGUCUGUUAAAGAUGACCUAAAUGGUCUGGACAAAGCUGUUGGAGCUGUGCUAGGACAAAGAACCAUUGAAAGGAACCAGUUGUUGGUUAAAAUAGCAAAGAGCAAACUGAACAGGAAACGUGAUGAUAAAAGUGAAAAGGUUACUAGGCCUGAGGAGCUUGUUCGAUUGUAUGACCUUCUGUUACAGAAUGCCGCUGAUCUUUUUGAUCUCAUUAGCUCUGGAAGAGAUAGGAAACCUGAAGAGAUUGCCUUUGAAGAAGAGUGUCAGCGCAAAAGCUUGGCCUUCCGUGCUGAAAGGUGCUUCUACUUGGCAAAGUCAUAUAGUCUAGCAGGAAAAAGGAUUGAAGCAUACGCCUUGUAUUGUCGUGCUCGAUCUCUUGCUGAAGAUGCCCUGGCUAAGUUUGAGAGCAUAUCAAACAAAGAUGAGGGAACAAUCGAGGAACUGAAGACACUGAGCAAAGAAUGCAGAGCAAAUAGUUGCGUAGAACAUGCGACCGGGAUAAUGGAGGAAGAGAAGGCGCCAGAGAAUCUGUCAAAGAAAAUCUCAAAUAUAUCACUAAACGAUACAGCCACUAAGGCGGAGAAGUACCUGUUGGACAAACUGGAUGUGUAUGAAUCUGCGGUUGGCGAUUCAAACACGAAAGCUGCCCCAAAGAUUGAACGGUUCCCGCCCGCAUUCCAAUCGAUACCGCGUAAUCCAAUCGUUCUCGACCUUGCCCAUAGCUGCAUCACCUUCCCGGUUCUCGAAAACAGGAUGAAGAAAGAACGUAAAGGAGGAUUCAUUAGCCGUUUAUGGGGCUGA